AUGAGGCUUCGUAAUUUUACCUUAUACAACAGUGCCUUGGGUCCACCAUAUCAUAUACUUAUUGAUACAAAUUUCAUCAAUUUCUCGAUACAAAACAAAUUAGAACUUGUAGAAGCUAUGAUGGAUUGUUUAUAUGCUAAAUGCAUCCCGUGCGUAACUGAUUGUGUAAUUGCUGAAUUAGAAAAAUUGGGACCAAAAUAUAGAAUAGCUUUACGCGUCGCGCGGGAUCCUCGAUUCGAGAGACUUCCAUGUACUCAUAAAGGAACUUAUGCAGAUGAUUGUCUCGUUCAAAGAGUCACGCAGCACAAAUGUUAUAUUGUGGCGACUUGUGAUCGAGACUUAAAACGACGUAUUCGUAAAAUUCCUGGCAUCCCAAUCAUGUAUAUAUCAAAACGAAAAUACACGAUAGAAAGGUUGCCAGAAGCGUAUGGCGCCCCAGCAUAA